AUGAAUAAAGAUGAAAUAAUGAAAUAAGCAGUUCACAUCUUUAAUAAAUUAUCUACAGACUAAUAAUAACCUAUUAGUAAAGAAAAUUUAUUAAAAUUCUUGGAUUCAUAGUCAAAUUAAGAAUAUGAUAGAGGUCUUUUUGAAUAGAUGUAUGAAAAAAUUAUCAAAACUGGUUCUCAAUAAAUUACUAUAUAGAAAUUCAUAACAAUUUUAAUAGAAGCAUUAAAAUCAUUAGAAAAUAAAAUAUCCAAUAUUUAAACAUAAAUAUAAAAACAAACAAAACUAUUAGAAGACGAUAAAUAAAUAUUAAAUCAAUUAUAGUCUUAAGAAAAGUUCAAUUCUUUAAAAAUUUCUUUAGACAGUAAAAUUAGAAUUACUGUUCAUGAUGCUAAUGUUAAAUUUCCUGGUAAUGGUCCUAUAGCUGUAAUUUUGGGAUGUGAUAAUAUAAUAUAAUCUACAAGAACUGUAAGCAGGUAAAAUCUAGUUUGGGAAGAAAAAUUUGAGUUUGAUAUCAAAACGGGGAAAGAAGAAAUUUAUAUUGUUAUUUUAGAUUAAGAUUUGAAAGAUAGAUAGGAGAUUGGAGGAUAAACAACAAUAAAUUUAUAAGAUUACUAUGAUCAAAAACCACAAGAAAAAACUCUAGAAUUAAAAGACAAAUAUAAUGUUGUUACAUAUUCAACAAUUAGAGUCAGAGUUUAAUGGAUACAUUCUUAUGUAAUAAUUUGUUUAUGAUAGACAAAAUUUUAUAAUGAAUCUAUUUAAGAAUAAUCAUAAAAUAUAAAAAAUCUUGAAAAAGAUCUAAAUGAAUAUAAAACUUAUGUUAAACUUUUGAUCCUUCCUUUUGAAGAACAUAAAGAUAAACCAUAAAAAAAUAUGUUAAGUGAAUAUUCUACUGCUUAACACAUAUAAGAAAAUUAACUUAUAAACAAUACUUCUAAUUUAUAAGAACUAAAAUUUGCAUUCAUUUUAUCCUUGAUUUAUUUAUUUGCCACCAUUUUUGCAAAUCUUUUUAAAACUUAAUUUUUGGAUGUAAAUUCUAAUAUCUAUUAUAGUCUAUUGUAGUUUUCUAAAGUUUAAUCUAUUAUUUAGAUAAUGAUAAAUUGUAAUAGCAAUUACAUAUUAAAGUAAUUUCUUUAAUGCUUGCAUUCUCUCUUAUUCUUGAUACAUUUUGGCUCAUCAUUUAUACCAAACCUUGGAUAUCUAAUGAUGUAUUGUUUUUUUAAAUAGAACAUGCUUUUCAAAUUUAUGAAGUCAUUACACAAUACAUAUUGUUCGGAAUUAAAGUAAAUAUCAUAAAUUUAUUAGAUUAUUUUAAUUUAUAUUUAUGCUUACAUUUAUUAUUCUGA